UGGAAUUGUUGGAAGAGAAAUUGAAGAGAAAAUGUACUGAAGUGAAUUUGUUGGAAGUGGAAUUGGGUUUAGAAAAGUCUAAACGUAUUAAAGUAAUAGAAGCAUUUGCAAAAACUUCUUCAAUUGAUAGUCUUACAUCUUUGUGGCACACUUAUGAUCCACAACAUUUACCAAU